AUUUAUUCGUACAUAAACGCGCGGAAAUCUCUCCAGGAGCUUUCAUCUUCAUCUUCACUUUAAUUAGCUUCACUCACAAGCUCUGGACACAUCGAAUCAUAUAGGCACGUAUAGAUACAGAUAUCUGUACGUAUAUCCGAUGCUUUGUUGAUACGAGCUAGGGUUUUCAAUGGCGGUGACAGCCCCAAUUCACGCUGCUUCGUCGCCGUGGCUCCCUGAAGAUGACCUCUUGCUGAUAAAUUCACUCGAGGCUGGUGCUUCUCCUGAAUCACUUGCUAAAGGAGCUGUGCGAUUUUCUCGUAGUUUUACCUUUCGCGAAAUACUAGACCGGUGGCAUUUGCUUCUUUUUAAUCCUGAUGUUUCUCCUCAAGCUUCUUCUGGGAUGAUGGAGCUUGAACUAUCUGGUCCCAGUUCUUUAUCAAAGAUCAGUAGGCCAGAUAAUGCUAAGGGUUCAGGAGUGAAUGCAAAGAGGAAAAGGGUAAGCAUUCGCAGGCAAUAUAAUGCCAUGCGGAAGAGACUUCGGAGUGAGCUCUUCAACUCCAAUGAUAUUGGCUUUCUUGAACCUAAUAUGCAUGAUAGCGGUUGUGUGGGUGAUUUUCACGAGCAUGCCACUCUUAAUAGUGGGCCUGGGGUUACGAAUUGUAUGCUUCAUGAUUCCGACCAUCUCGGACUUCAGGAUUCAGACUUUGAAAUCCUCAAUCAGGUUUUUCCUCAAGAAGGAGAGGAUGUUGGUACUACCACCGUUGUUGAUAAUCCUGGAAAUGUAUAUCAAACUCAAUGUCAGAAUCUAAUUGAUGGUAACCGUUCAGUUGCAAAUACGAGGGAAGAUAAUUUAUUUGGCUUCCCUGAAAACGUUUCCCCCUUGUUAGGAGAUGAUGGCAGACGAUUAUUUGAAUCAAAUGUUGGACAUAAAACUGACUCACACAUAUUGACUGAUGUCUCAAUGGAUUUUGGAAAAAUCACUAAUUCUAAUAUUCAAGUCCCUUUGCAAGAGCUUCCAAAUAAUAAACAUUUUGAAGCUGAUAAUGGUCAUAUGGAAAGAUCGCUACCCUUUCCUUCAACAAAUGAACCCCCACAGACAGGCUCUGGGUUUGCAGGAAGGCAUAUUGGUUCGCCCGAUUCAGAUGGUAGUGUGUCAUUACAAUCAAUGGGUUUUUCAUCUUCGAUGCCAGGACUCCCUCUUUGGAAAACAAUGGAAGAUAUAUCAGCACCUGCUAUGCCAGUCCAUAUGCACAAUGGGGAGAUAAGUCCGGGUGUUGAAGGGACAUUGGCACUUCCAGGAAACAACGAACAAAGGGGGAAGAGCCCAUCAGGGUUUGAUAUUGUACAAUCAGGUCCCCUGCUGAGGGACAGUGACAAUGGUAACUGUUUUAGUUCUGGGGCCAUCUCUGAGGGUGAAUUUGUUGACCUUUCAGAAACCCUUCUGAACUUCCCGACUGAGGAUGAGAUAAUGUUUAUGAAUGUUGAUGGGAAAGACAAAAUGGACAAGUCUAGCGAUGAUAAUAUUCAUUCAUUGAUUGUUAGCUCUGGUGGUGAUGUUAAGGAAGGUGGGUCGGGGAAUAUUGAGCUUAAUGAGUUGAACAAUGUUGAACCUUGUACAUCAUUGGCUCCAACUGCUUGCCGUGGGUUUAGUAGUCCAUGCGCUAUGGAAUCAGAAAACAUUAGUUCGCCUGUUACUGAUGUUCGGCAGCAAUGUAUUUUACCUUCUGUAAUGAACAUAGCUUCAACAUCAGUGGUAGAUCCUGACUAUUCCCAACUUAAUGAAGAAAAUAUAUGCUGCGUGUUAAAUACCGAGGACAGAGAAAUUCCAUGCAAUGAUGACAUUUUCUUGCUCAUUCAUCCAACAUCAUCUUUUGCUCCUGCACGGAAAGUGUAUACAACUGAUCCUAUUGAUCCGGCAUCAUCUGCCGACGAGAGAGACAAUGAACGGGGUGUAAACUUGGCAAAUGCAAAAGAUCCUGCAGGAUCUCAUGCGGCAAAAGGGACAUAUAAGUUGACAGAAUCAUUUCAUAAUCUUCCUAGUGCUCAGGUUCCUGAUAUUAAAAGUUUAAAUCUUAAACCUGGUGAAGUUGGCAAGACAAUUAGAGACAUAACUCAACAUAGAUCUGCUGUGGCAACAAAUGUCCCUACUGCAUAUACCACUGAUAGAGUGCCAGAGCAGGAUGUCAUUAAAGCUGAACCAAGGGUAUCAGACAACCCUUCUACAUCCAGGGAACUGGCCCUAGUUGCAGAAGCAGGCUCUGUUGAAAUUGCUCUCCCGAAUUCAGCUGACAAUGCCUCUUCGUCGGUUCAGGACGAUUCUGAGAGCGAAUAUGACGUGCCUUAUUCUUCUGAUAUUGAAGCUAUGAUACUUGAAAUGGAGUUGGGUCCACAUGAUAAAAAUUCACAUUCUAUUAGACAAGAUGAGGAUGCUAAGAAGAAAAUCAUUAGACUUGAACAGUGUGCUCAAGCAUCAUUGCAGAGAAUGAUGACAUCUCACGGUGCACUAGCAUUCUUGUAUGGACGGCAUUUAAAGCAUUACAUCAAGAAACCUGAGGUACUGCUUGGAAGAUCAACAGAUGAUGUGGAUGUUGAUAUUGAUUUGAGGAAUGAAGGUCGAGCAAACAAAAUAUCUAGAAGACAGGCAACUAUCAAGAUGGAGACAAAUGGGUCUUUCUUCUUAAAAAAUCUUGGUAAAAGCUCAAUUUUAGUAAAUGGCAAAGCGGUUGCAAGUGAAAAGUCUCUGUGUUUAAGCUCAAGUUCUUUGAUCGAGAUAAAGGGAAUGAGUUUCGUAUUUGAGAUAAAUCACAAGUAUGUGAGGCGGUAUUUGGACACCAUCAUCAAAGGAGCCAACUUAAGAACAGCAAAUACAAAUGGUCGCCUGGACAGGAAACGUGAUGGGAGCUCUUGAAAGGUGCUUCUUUAUUCAUUCAUAUAUAAUAAGUAUGAUGCUUUAUGAGUCUGUACGAGUGAAGAAGUCUGAUCUCACCUUUGAAAUACUGUGGAUUAAUGUUACAUGUAGAUAAAGUUUAUUUUCUAAUCUUGGUAGCACCAUGGUCUUGUCUGGACCUUACUCUUCUUUCUUUCAAAGAAAGAAAACGUGUAUAUUAUGAAUGAUAUAUUGUCAUUAGAUCAAUUAUAGAGUCUUUUCCACGGUA